AUGGAAGACCGCCGACCCAUUAUCUGGGCAGUGACAAUCGUUAUUUUCGUGAUUGCGACCAUUUCCGUAGCGCUUUAUGCGAUCUCCGCGCUCUUCGUAGUCAGGAAAUUCACGCUGCCUGAUUAUUUGAUGGUCAUUGCAUGGGGUCUUGAUUGCGGCAUGGUGGCUGCAGUCUUCGUCGCACUGGCAAAGGGUUUUGGGAUGCAUGAGCAUGACAUCGACCCAGAGGAUACAGUCAGUGUCAACAAGUCCAUUUAUGUCUUUCACAUUCUAUAUAAUCUGACCCCAAUAUGCGCCAAAAGCUCCAUUCUGAUAUUCUACUUCUCACUCACACGUGGGAAGAAAGUAUUGCUCUGGGCAAAUUAUUCCCUUCUUUUUAUCGUGGUUGUGGUAGGCUUGGCUUUGACGAUAAGCCAGGUCUUUCAGUGCCACCCCGUAUCUGCAGUCUUCGAGUUGGAAAAACAAACCAAGAAAACCUGCACGAAUAUUUUUAUUACGGCUAUAUCGACGUCGCCUUACAACAUAGCUACCGAUAUAGCACUUCUUGUUAUCCCAAUUCCCCGUUUGACUCGAAACCGUCUGCCAUACAGACAGCGAUUGAUCUUGGUGGCCAUCUUUGGGACUGGUUUCUUAGCGAUAGUGGCAGACAUCAUCCGGAUUACGUUUCUUCAAAAUACCGCCAAGGCGGAACUGACAAGGCUCCAUUCGUAUUACACUGCAGACAUCUCGAACGAGGAUGACACCUGGUAUAGCGCAUAUUCGAUUAUGUGGUCUGUUAUCGAACUCGAGCCGUUUAUUAUGUUCGACCCCCGUAAAGAAAGUGACACAACGCCCACAUCGGGAGGAGGAGGAGGAGGAGGAGGAGGAGGAGGAGAAGGGCGUGAAGGGCCUGGUGAAAUGAUGGAAAUCCUAACCAGGAAAGAAGAACUCGAGUUGGAGGGACAAAGCACAACAGGCAAUCUGGAAAGAUAUCCACGCAAUAUAAGAUUACUCAAUCUUUUAAAUCUAAGACCGCGAAACAUGCUCGGACUGAAUUCCAAGCGAGCAUUUGCUCCCAACUGCCUGGUUACUACGCUCUUCUUUUGCUGGGGUACAGCAUAUGGGUUUCUCAAUGUCCUUGGUGUGCGAUUUGGACAGGCGCGUUUUGGCCCAUGGGAAUCGAUUGCCCUCCAGAGCGCAUAUUUCCUAGGCUACGUUCCUAUUCCGCUUCUGGUAGGCCGUCGCAUAUUGAAAAGAUCAGGCUUUACCGCCGCAUUCAUUUCGGGUCUUUAUAUAUAUGCUCUGGGGACCCUGCUCUUUUGGCCCGCUGCCGUACUGGUAUCAUUUCCGAUGUCGUUUAUAUCAAACCUGAUUAUCGGUUCUGGCCUUGGUAUAUUAGAGCUUACAGCUAAUCUGUUCAUAGCAAUAUGUGGCCCCUUGGAGUAUGCUGAGAUUCGGCUGCUCAUCGCACAAGGGUUUCAAGGCAUUGGGAGUCUGGUCUCUCGAUUAAUAGCCGGCAAAAUUUUGCUGCCACAUGUGAACCACAUUGAUGAAGUGAUCAAUGUGCAGUGGGCGUUCCUCACGAUUGCCAUUUUCGAUGCGCUGCUCGCUGUUUGCUUCUAUUACCUGCCAGUGCCUGAAGCUCCAGACAAGGAUCUCGACAAGCUGGCUCAGCGGCGUCCAGCCAACAAUGCCAGGGUACUCGGAUUCCCCGUGACUUACAUGACGAUAGUGUUGGGUGUGUCGUCGCAAUUCUUCCAAGAGAUGGGCCAACAAACACGUGUCACCAGUUACCCCGAUUUUGUCAAAAAAGUUAUGCCAAAAUCCAAACUCUCCUCGGAGGUUGAUUUCGCUUCUGCUGGUACUGCAGUGUGGACUUUUGCUCGCUUUUUCGCGGCCUACAUUCAAUGGAAGGGUUUUAAGCCUCGAUGGACACUUCUGAUUUGUUUUGUUCUCGGUAUAGUCCUAGGUAUUAUCUGCCUGACAACAACUGGUGCGGCACCAAUCACCGCGGCUGUUCUGUUAUGGGGCGUAUUUGCUCCAAUCUACCCCCUUGUUUAUGCAAUCUCAAUGCGUGGAAUGGGGGUCCAUACCAAAACUGCAUCCUCCUUUAUGGCUUCUUCUCUUUCAGGUGCGUUCUUGGCCUACUACGCUCGAUACGGUGUCUGUUGA